AUGAGUUCUCUUUCUCCAAAAUCAAAAGCUUUGAUUGAAAAAUUAUAUCAAAGUCAAUACCCUGAAGUUUAUCCUUAUGUUCCAAAAGUCAUCAUCACUUAUAUGGUUGUUUAUUUCUUCGUUCUUAUCCUUUCUCUUCUUUUAAUCAUCAUUCCCUGUUUACGUGGUCAAGAAGCUCGUCGUAAACAUCUUUGGUUAUGGCGUAAACAAUAUGCUAAUGGUUCUAAAUAUUUAAUUCCAUAUUAUAUACCGAAUGGUGGAAUUGCUUUUGUGAUUUCUCAAAUCUUUGGUUCAAUCUUAUUUGAAAUUUAUCUUUUUUUAGCUUUUUAUUCUAUAAAGUUUCCUGAAUUUUCUAAAAAUUCUUAUCAAUAUUUUUGUAUCUUUUCACCUAGUAGAACAACCACUACAGAUGGAACCAACAAGAUUCAAAAAUAUUUAAUUCAUCCCAUCAUCAUGAACACGAUUUGUAUCAUCACACCGAUCAUACCUACCUUAAUUUCAAUAGGUUGGGGAAUCGCUUCGAUUGUCACUAGAAAAGCUCAAUUUCAAGCUUAUCAAUCAGUCAUUCAUCAAAUCAAAUCUGAUAUCAAUCCUACAAUCGGGAUCUUAAAGUAUACUAAAGCUGGAUUCAAAUUCCUCGAUCAGUUUCGUUGGGCUUGUUUGUUUUGGUCAUUUGCUGCAAUCUUAUCUAUGGUGUUUUAUUCAUUUGCGAUUCUUUUGUUUUUAAGAUUAUUAAAAACGACAGUAGAAGUCAAUGAAGGUAAAAAAGGUUUAGAAGGAUUUGAAGUUUCAAAAACUUUAGCACCUAGUAGGUUUUCCAAAAAAUUACGUAAAUCUUAUUAUUUGUUAAUGUGGCAAUGUAUUUUACUUAUGGUCGUUUCUACUUGGUAUUUGGUGGAUGCGAUUAUACUGAUGAUUAGAAUUGAUGAUGUAGUAACAAGUCAAGCAUGGAGAUCUUUAUUUGAUUGGUUAGUAGUCUCAAGUUCAUUCCUUUUAGCAGGUGCACUAGUACUUCAAAGUUGGAGAAUGUUAAUUGAUAAAGAUGAACCUCAAAUCGUCAUCCAACGUGAAAUUAAAAUCUCUACAAACUCUCAUCAUCCAGGCCCUUCAGAUUCUAAUCAUAGAUUUCAUAAAGUUUAA